AUGCGCCCCUCCCUCGCCGCCCUCAAGCCCACCCACUACCUCAUUACGCUCGUGCGCUCUCCGCGCGGCCUGCCCCCCGCCUCGGCUGCGACGGUCACGGCGCUCGGCCUCUCGCGGCUGCACCAGAGCGUGCUGCAGCCCAUCGGGCCGACGGCGGCCGGUAAGAUCCUGCGCAUCAAGGAGCUCGUCACCGUCCGCAACGUCACUGAAGAGGAAGGGCUGGCGGCGUGCGCGCGCCGUAGGCCCGAGGGCGCGGGCGUCGAGCCCAGCGGCCGCGUUUACGGAGGAAGCAAGCCCGCCCAGUAG